AUGCAAUCUCAGAGGAUUCCUGGGAGAAAGCGAGGUCGACCGCCACUCCACUCCACACCCGUGAAGAUGGCAGUGCAUAAUCUUUAUUCUCCAUCAGUUGGCUCUUUACCAGCAGUGAAGAUCCCCAAGAAAAGAGGGCGGAAGCCUGGGUACAAGCUCAAGUCUCCGGUUCUCAUGACCCCCUUAGCCCUCUCACCACCACGGAGCACGCCGGAGCCCGACCUCAGCUCCAUCCCUCAGGACGCAGCCACCAUCCCCAACCUGGCUGCCCCACAGGCCCUCACAGUCUGCCUCUACAUCAACAAGCAGGCCAACGCAGGGCCGUACCUGGAGAGGAGGAAGGUGCAGCAGCUCCCCCAGCACUUCGGGCCAGAGAGGCCAUCAGCAGUCCUGCAGCAGGCGGUGCAAGCUUGCAUAGACUGUGCCCACCAGCAGAAGCUGGUCUUCUCCCUGGUCAAGCAGGGCUAUGGUGGCGAGAUGGUGUCAGUCUCAGCCUCCUUUGACGGGAAGCAGCAUCUGCGGACUCUGCCCGUGGUGAACAGCAUCGGGUACGUGCUCCGCUUCCUUGCCAAGCUGUGCCGGAGCCUCCUAUGUGACGACCUCUUCAGUCACCAGCCCUUCCCCAGGGGCUCCAGUGCAUCUAGGGAGGCCCAGGAGACCGAGGAAGACAGGAAGGAGUCAGCAAAGACAGUCCCCACGGAGGAGUGCCUGGUGAACCCUGUGGCCAUGAAUCGCUACUGUGUGGACCCCUCCGCCUCCACCUUUAACCAUAGGGGCUCCCUGCCCACCUCCUCCUCACUGUACUGCAAGAAGCUGUACUCUGGAGACCUUGCGGGAGGCCCCACCACCACUGCCAUUGGUCCCCGUACCAGCACCAUGUCCUCGGGAGGCGCCUUGGCACCUGGUCUGAGGCCCCCAGGCUCCAGCCCCAAGAGAAAUGGGACCUCUCUGGAAGGAAACAGAUGUGCCUCAAGUCCUUCUCCAGGUGGGCAGGAUGCCAGGCGGUUGAGAAGCAGGAACCCCUCCACCUGGACCGUGGAGGAUGUGGUCUGGUUCGUGAAAGAAGCCGACCCGCAGGCCCUGGGCCCGCACGUGGAGCUCUUCAGAAAGCAUGAGAUUGAUGGCAAUGCUCUCUUGCUGUUGAAGAGUGACAUGAUCAUGAAGUACUUGGGCCUGAAGCUGGGACCUGCGCUGAAGCUCUGCUACCACAUUGAUAAACUGAAGCAAGCCAAGUUCUGAAGGCUUUGAAAAGACAGA